GCGGGCCACUCUCGCGCCAACCGCCGGUCGCGUCGCUCGCCCGCUCAGUCCCGUCGCGCUACGAGAACAACCAACUUACGAUGGUGAAAAUGAAGUGCUUAACGAUAUGUGCAGCUUUGACUUUAACAUGUUGUAUGAUUGUCGUGGAUGCAGCUGAAUUUGACAUUAAGAAUGAAAUGAAGGUGCUGGCGGAACAGAUCGAGAUUUUGAAAACUUUGCACCUAACCGACGUUACGCGACUCAAGCGUGAAAUCGAAGAUCUGAAGGAAACGUCAUCGACUCCCGCGACGGGUAGCCAGCUACAAAACGAGCAGACGACUCUCCAGUGGGCGCGCGCGUCGCUGCAAGAGCUGCGCGGGCAGCUGCGCGAGCUGCGCGCUCAGCUCGACAACUCCGCACUGUUGCGACAGCUGCACGUCAUGCGCAAUGAGUUGAAGCAAGCUCUGGUGGAGUCGUCAGACCUGGGGCAGAUGGCGCGCACGCAGGAGGCGCGCGUGGACAAGCUGGACGGCGCGGUGGGCCGCCUGCAGUACGAGGCGCGGCUGGCGCGCGACGCCCGGGCCGAGCACCGAGCCCUCAUCGCCUCUCUCUCCAAGGAGAUUAAAACGAAGCAGAUGGAGGAACUAAGCACUGCCAAUUACAACGAUGUGUACGAUAUCCACGAAGUGAAGGAAGGCGAGCCGAAGGCGGCCCACAGCCACAAGUACCGGCACAACAAGAUGGUGCACGCGCAGAUCUCGCGCCUGGCGCGCACCCAGGACCAGCUCGACGAGUUCCAGCAGAGCUUGCAGACGCAGCUGCUCGACGUGCAGCGCCGCCUCGACCGUUUCGAGGAGCCCAACUGGAACCUUCUCUCUGCAAAAGUCGAAUUCCUCGAACUGGACACCAAAAACCUAAGGGACGAAUUGAAGAACAUCACUCAAAGUGUAUCCGAUUUCGACAAAGUACACGCAUCGAUGUUAGAAUUGCGUGAAGAUGUUGAAAGCAUCGAGAAUAAGGCUGAUAAGACUAUUCCGGAAUUUAGGAAGGAGAUUUCGAAACUGGACAUUAGUUUUGCACAGCUUACCGCCCAGUCUUCGUAUCUUAAAGAAGACCAGGAGAACCUGCGCCAGUCGGUGAAGGCGAUCGCGGUGAGCGUGAGCAACGCCGUGGACCGCGCCGAGCUGGACCGCGUGCUGAUCCGGCGCAUCAACGACUCCGUCGCUGAACUCACCACCAGAUCCAAGGAACAUUACUAUAGACUAAACGAUCACAUCCUUAAGAGUGAGGCCAGCCAUGACAUGAAUAUCACCGAUACCAUUCCACUGCCUGAACUGAUGGGAGAGGUCAAAGAGCUACAGCCCGUUCAACGAGAAUAUGAAGACUUGGUAAGCCAACUGCCAAAGGACUGUUCGAGUAUAUCCGGCCCGGCCGGCACCUAUCUCAUCCGCCCGGGCAGCACGCCUCUGGACACAUGGUGUGUAAACGGGAGCACGCUGUUGCAGCGACGAUACAACGGCUCGAUUGAAUUUAAUAGAAAAUUCACAGAGUACGCCCAUGGUUUCGGGGACCCGACUUCUGAAUAUUGGCUCGGUCUUCAAUCCAUGCACCUGCUGACAGCCGAUAAUUGCUCCUCUAUGAGGAUCGACAUGACCGAUAUCUACGGAGGGGUCUGGUAUGCCCAGUACGAGCAUUUCUCGGUGGGAAGCGCCGACACAGGUUACGUGUUGGAAGUUAGCGGGUUCAAGGGCAACGCGAGCGACGCCUUCGAGUACCAGAACCACAUGGAGUUCUCGGCCAUAGACCGCGACCGCGACAUCUCAAACACGCACUGCGCCGGCAACUACGAGGGCGGCUGGUGGUUCUCGCACUGCCAGCACGUCAACAUCAACGGCAAGUACACGCUGGGCCUCACGUGGUUCGACUCCUCGCGAAACGAGUGGAUCGCCGUUGCCUCGAGCGAAAUGCGGAUGUACCGCCGACCCGGCUGUACUUAAACUCAGCCGGUCCGAAACAUAAAUUAUAUUCAUAUUAUUGUUAGACUAGUAAAAAAUCGCUAAGGAUUGAUAUUGUUUAUAAUAAUUUAAAUGUUACCAAAGAUAGCGCUAGUAGGAAAACAAUGGCACUUACUUAAUUUUCUCAUAUUCAUAUUAUUAUUUACUUUUAUUAUAAGAAUGCAUAUACAUCUGUUUAGGUGUUUUUUUUUUCGUAUGGUAUUUGUAAACUCAAAGCAUAAUAGAUAAUUUCUCAGGAAUGGGACAUUGUUAUUAGCUUGAUAAUAUUGUUUAAUAAAAAUGGCAUGAUACUUAGGUACCAAACAGAAUCAUCCCUUAAUAGUAUCUAAAUUAAUUAAAGUCUAAUUUAAGAAAUUUAUUUUAAUUAUUUUAAGCCUCCUUUGUUAAUGUUGUCGCAUUGAUUUAACAUGGUCCUCAAUUUAGGAGGUUACCUGCCGAUUAAAAAUAAGUCAAAGUACUAAGAACAUGGUAUUUAAUUUCAUUUUGAUGUAUGUAUAGACGCACACAGUCACCAGAUUGUUAUUAAUAGUACCGGUAAGGGUCACGGGGCGCACAGACAGAGGCCACGCUAGUCGUGCGAGCACACACAAAGACUAGGCACUGUGAAGUGCUCAAUUUAGUAGCUAUAUUUGAAACCUAAAGUAGAUUGCGCUGUACGAUGCUAUACGUAUUGCAGUAACUGGAUUGAGAUUCGACAGCGCUUGACAACUAAGGGCCAGUUCGUCCAAUCACAUUGACAAAUCAAUAUUACUCAGUAGUGAACUCAAUGGAACUAUCCAUACAAUAAAAUCAAGCAAACGAUGAUAGACAGUUUGAUACAAGUGCAUUAAUGCAACCGACCCUAAGUGACCCAUACCAUACUCUGCACUACUUUAAUCCUCUUAGUACCUACCUACUUAACGGUUUAUUUUAUAGUGAGGACGUGUGCUUGUCGUAAGUCGUAAAAACCAAACUCGUUUCUUGGAGCACGGCUUUUUGGUCCACUUGAAGGGCAUCAUUUGUUUUGUGUAAUUUAUUUUGCCUAUAUAUUAUUACUCAGCAGGUGUUACUUUACUAUACCUACAAGAAUCUCUAGAGUAGGUACAUGUAAUUCGAUAGCGUGACAAGCGUUCGCGUUUGCGUUACCUAUGUCUAUUUUGUAUGGGAUUUAGAACAGCGCGCCAAGCGGAUCGUUUUGGAAACUCAAAAUCCCAUACAAAAUUACACUUAAUCGAUUGAAAUGUACACUAGAGCCACUAGAGUGUAUGAGGUGUAUUCAGAUAAUUUACCGACCGGUCGGUAAUAGGUACCGACUCAUAUUCCGUUGUAACAAAGGUCCGGUUUUCGGAAUAAUGCGCCACAUUUUUAGUAUUUUUUCCUUUCGGAAUUAUUCGAAUACACCUUAAUAGUAUUAUAAAAAUACUACAUUUGUUAUUCCAUUGUUAGUGCACUGCAUUCUAAUUAUUCAGCAUUUGAAAAUAAUUAAUUAUGAACAGGGGUCGUACAAAAAGUGUGGAUGACGUCAAACCACUUAUAGGAUGAUUUCAAAUAGUAUUUUUGAUUUUCAUAAACAAUUAUCACUUAUUAUUUAUCAACCUCUUUAUUAAACGAUAUCGCCACUUGAAAUGAGUAAGUACGUUUUUGACUGACACAUUGUCAAUCAGAUGAACAAUAAAUUGACUUCGUUAUUGUUUAGCUAUUGUAUCUUCACGAUUAUAUUUAGCUAAAAUUUAUAUUUACUUAAUGUAUAAGAAAACGCUCUAAAUGUCAUCUUUACUCGAAUAUUGUGGCAAUUUUCCGUUUUUGGAGGUACGUGACACGGAAGUUUAAAUACAAACUCAAACAUCAUCCUGUGUGCAAGAUUACGUCAUUUUUACGUCAUCCGCACUUUUUGUCCGACCCCUGAUUAUGAAUAGUUAUACCAAUAUGAAUACUAUCUGGAAAACUGGCACAGUAGUGGCGUAGAGUAGAAGAUGAUUAGUACAAGGUUAGUAUCUAGGUACUUUAUUAGUCACUCUGAAUUUUCAAUGCAUUCCAUUAGUUUGAUUAGUCGAUUGAUUUUAAGUAGUAGCGUAAAUACUAAAUAAAUUUUGAUAGGUCCAAAGAUAAUGUAUACAUUUUUAAUGUAGGUAUUCUCGAAAUGGUAACCAUUUCUUUAUAAUAUUUAUAUAAGUAAAUUAGGGUAUCUACUUAACGUUGGUUGGAAUUAUUUUAUUAAGGAAAAGUGUUUAUAGUCGCACCAAACAAAGUCUGCAGCGGAUUUGAUAGUCCACGCAGUGUAAGUGUUAUGUAUACGUCAUAAUUUCAUAGAAGUUUGACGUUUAAAAUGACACUUGCAUUGAGUGGGCUAUCAUAAUCGCUGCAGACUUUUUACGGUCUGACUAUAUCAAGAGUCAAAGACUGCAUGUCAAGCUGUCAAAAGAUAUAUCGGUUAAAAUUAAAGCUAGGCUUUUAAAUCUUUUAAUGUAGGCGCAGGUAAAAAACUUAACUAGGAACAAAGCCCUAAAAAUAUAUGCGUUUGUUUGUAAACGUUAAUUCAAUGCCUACACAUCUAUCCGGCUUUGCUUAACUUUUUUACCUACAAUCUAUUUAGGGAGAGAAACUACACGUUUCUGAAAGUUUCAAUUCAUAUUAACUUUUUCGACGCCGUCUCAAACACAAAAAAUGUCGCUCGGACGCCAUGUCACAGAAAUGUCAAGACAGAAAUUGAUCUUUAUGCAUAUGCACGUCUGUUGUUGCUCUAUGGUUUGUGACGGAUUAAUCGGUCUUUGGCGUUGGACCUACGGUGCGGAUAUAUAGGUCAUUGGCGUCCAAAAGGUUAAAAUAUACUAGUUCUUACCAUCACGAUCCGCGAUUGUUGCGCCAUUUAGGGUCAUUGUUUGUUCAAUACAAACUAUAAAAUUAUAAUACGCUAUAAAAUUUCUGAUUUAGAAAGAACCCUAAAUGGCAUAACAAUCCCGUGUGGUGACUGUACCUACCUAAUACCUUUAAACGAGCAAUUGUUGUGUAGAUACACGUAUUUAUGUAAGUACAUUGUUAAUAUCUCGAAUUGAUGAGCGCGCGUAUUACGUAUUUAAAUUUAGCUGAUAAAAUGAUAAUAUGAAAUAAGUAAGUAGUACGAGUAGGUAAACAUUUUUCUGGCCAUGUUUUUUGCUGGACAAAUUUUAUGUCAAUAAUAUUGAACUAAAUACCAAUAUUUGUCUGUGUCAAUGGUAAAAACCUGAUAAAUGAGUUAAAAACG